AUGCCAUCCAGACUAAGGAAGACGCGGAAACUUAGGGGCCACGUGAGCCACGGCCACGGCCGCAUCGGCAAACACCGGAAGCACCCGGGAGGCCGAGGUAAUGCUGGCGGUAUGCAUCAUCACAGGAUCAACUUCGACAAAUAUCACCCAGGAUACUUCGGGAAAGUUGGUAUGAGGCAUUACCACUUAAAGAGGAACCAGAGUUUCUGCCCGACUGUCAACCUUGAUAAAUUGUGGACCUUGGUUAGUGAGCAGACACGAGUAAAUGCUGUGAAGAACAAGACAGGAGCUGCUCCUAUCAUUGAUGUGGUGCGAUCAGGUUACUACAAAGUUCUGGGGAAAGGAAAGCUCCCAAAGCAGCCUGUCAUCGUGAAGGCAAAAUUCUUCAGCAGAAGAGCUGAGGAGAAGAUUAAGGGUGUAGGUGGGGCUUGUGUCCUGGUGGCUUGA